GGAUGAGCCCAUCAGGCCUCAGGUCUUGACUCGAGCAGAAUAAAAGGGGGACUAAGAACGACACACUAGCUAUUGAAUUCCCUAAACCCACCCUCCGAGCUUCUAGGCUAUGCAGUUCCGCCUCUAUCGAGAGAGACCCGUCCUCGCCGUCGCAUCGGUGCUUAUGCUCAUCUCAGCCAUGUGGAAAGUAGCGGUUUUGAGCCGUAUGCGAGCACGUAUCGAGCUGGACACUGCUCCUAUCACACACAAAUCAGCUGAAGUCUCCGCAUGGAACAUAAAACGCAGACAUGUCCUACUGGAGUUCGACAACGGAGUCAGAUACGGACUGGAUGCCGUUCGCGAGUGGAACACCCUUGUACCGGGAAACGGGCUGGUGUACAUGGGUGCUGGGGCCGAACGCAAGCCGUACAUGGUCUCCAUGUUCCACGAGCUGCGCUGCCUUGACUUCAUCCGAUCGCAAAUCAUCAUUCCCGCGGCGGAUCGUGACAUGCAGCUUGCACAACAUUGCCUGAACUACGUUCGACAGAUGGUUCUCUGUCGAGGAGACACAUACCUAGACCCAUAUCAGUAUCCAUCUCACAUUGCGACGAUUGAACCUUUCGUCGGGCGCAAAUGUCUGGACUGGAAUGCAGUAUACGAAGCUGCAGAGUCUAACCAGAGGGAGCGGCCAAGUUCAAUGGACCAUAAUGAGUAGAAACCGGCCGUCCCUAGUGGGCAACACGGAAGGUUCGGAAGCAUAUCACUAUACCGCAGAUAUCAUGUGCUAAUAGACACAAUUUCUUAGUAUUACACACCUGUCGCACCUCGCGCAUGCAGCGACGACGUCUGAGAGGAGUUGAUGCCUCCCAGUGAGGCAACUAAAACAGCGCGCGUGAAGGAUCACUAGGUACUGAUUCUCAGCAACAUAAGUCACAAUACUAGUAGAAGCCCACGUACUACUUAGUAUCACUAGUGAUCACUCAAUAUCACGGAGCUGCGCUAUAGCGUACGCCGUGACGGCGUGUGGACGGCAUCCAACAUUUGUCAGUCUCACGGAGUGACGGAACAGCCUGAGUAUGUUAUGAUAUCUGCUUGGACAUCAGCCAGCGCCGCUUUAGCGCUCAGAUCUCAGAUCUAGUCGUGGGCGUCACGUUAGGCUUGGAAGAUGAUGAGUAGGAGGCUGGAGGAGGAG